CUACAUGAACAUAGACAUCUACGCGUACGUGCUCCUCCUACAUCUUAGAUAGUGCUCUGUGACUGUGAGAUCGACCAAGACCUGUAUAACACAUCAUAGUUGUGCAUGUAUGUGGCUUAAGUUCCUCAUUGUGGGGUCAUCUCAUAAAUGAACCAAGAUCCUGCUCGUUCUGCUCGUGCUGAAACCGGUGCGGCGGCGGCGGCGGCGUGUUCACUCAUUAAAACAUCAUUCAGAGGUCACUCAUCAUUCAUUCAGGGGUUUUCUAACUUCGCAUCAUGUGGAUGAUCCUCGGGGUCAGCCGGAUCCCCGGGCUGCCGCACGUUGUCCGAACCCGAUGCCCAUGGACCGGCCUGGGCUCGCGCUCUAUGACCGCCCCUCCGGCCUCACCUCCGCCGAGCACGGGCCCCGCCGACAUCCUCUUGGUGUCCUCGCCUCGCAACGGCGUCACCACCAUGACCAUGAACAAUCCCAAGAAGCUGAACGGGUGGACCCUGCCCAUGAUGCAGGCCAUGCAGAGCGGGUUCCAGCGAUUAGCCCAGGAUCCGGACACCCAGGUGGUCAUCUUAACCGGCAGCGACCCGUACUAUUGCGCCGGGGUUAACCUGAGCGACACCAUUCGCCCCAUGCACCCGAAAACGCUUCACCAACAGAUCUAUGCCAAUAACAAGCGCGUUUUCGAUACCUUUUUGGACUUCCCCAAACCGAUCAUCAUUGCGGCCAAUGGUCCGGCCAUUGGGGCGUCCGUCACCACGGCCUCGCUGUCCGACGCCAUCGUGGCUUCCGAAAAGGCCACCUUCUCCACACCCUUUGCCCGCUUGUCCGUGCCGCCCGAAGGCUGUUCCUCCAUUCAUUUUGCCCGAAUCAUGGGCCCGGCUAGUGCUCAGCGCCUGUUAGGUCCCGAGGGCUGGGUGCCCACGGCCGCCGAGGCCCAUCAAAUUGGACUGGUGUCCGAGGUGGUGCCCCAUGGGGAAUUAAUGGCCCGGGCGCAGGCCUUGGCCGAAGCGUGGGUCCAAAGUGGGAAAAAACGAUGGCUGGUGGAACAGAAUGCGGUGGAGGAGUACAAGGCUGUGAAUGAUAAGGAAUCCCGCGAUUUGGCCGAUGCCUUCCUGGGCUCGGACUUCUUGCUCAAUCAGUACCACUUUUUGAAGUCCAAGAACAAGACCAAUCUAGCCUUGGUAUUCUAUUUCCUCUAUUCGACCCGAAAUCUCUGGAUUAAAUUGGUCUGACCAGGUGGCCAUAUAAGCAAUCA